GUAAAGUUCUGGCUGAAAGAACGAGUGUACUUUCCCUGUUUUAGCGUAUGGUGGAAAAGAUGGAUACCCUGCAUGUGUAUGGAGUUGAUGUCAUUGUGAAGCUGCAGGCAACAUUUAAGGGCAAUUCGGAGUAUAUGCUAGCAUUGUCACAUUUAGGUGAUCCAAGAAAUGCUUUCUUGAUUUACUUCCCAUUGGCGUAUUUCUGUCAUCACUCUGUAGGAAAGCGAGUACUUUUCUUGGCAGCUAUAGCAGAAUGGCUGAAUGCAGUGUUGAAAUGGUUCUUGCAUGGAGAAAGACCAUACUGGUGGGUGAAUGAGGAAAAGUCACACUGGAACACAACAGUCAGACUACAGCAGUACAAGUUAACAUGUGAAACUGGGCCAGGAAGUCCAUCUGGUCAUGCUAUGGUGACAAGUGCAGUUUGGUUUGUGAUGGUGUCUUCAGUGUUACACUAUGCUAUAGAGAAACAUAGGGCAGUGUGGUCAGUAUUGCUGUGGACUUGGUUCUCUGUUUUUAUGCUGUGUGUCAGUGUAUCUAGGUGCUUCAUAGCAACACAUUUUCCCCACCAGGUCCUGGCUGGAACAUUCACAGGUAUAUUACUUGCAUGGGUAGUCUGUACUCAGAUAUCAACAAAUAAACUACAGUUAAAGCACUAUGUUAUUACAUCACUAUGGUUACUUGUGUCCAGUCUUGGUGUCUAUAGUCUUCUGCAACAAUUGGGGGUAGAUCCUGCAUGGUCUAUUAGUAAAGCUUCAAGGUGGUGUGCCAGGCCAGAGUGGAUCCAUCUCGAUACAACACCAUUGUUUGCCCUCAUGAGAGAUGCUGGACAAAUACUAGGACUUGGAAUCGGAGUGUGCCUUAUCAAAGAGCCUAUACUUAGUAGCAUCGGAAAAUUAUUAUGCAUUCCAAUCACAAUAGGACUAACUCUUACAUCUGAACAGAUUAAAGUGCCAGUGGUUUCAUCUACAGUGAUAUUUUACACAAUGGCAUUAUAUAAACACACUAUGUUACCUAUAGUCGUCGUAGGGGUGGUUCCUAGAAUCAUGUCGAUUCUUUUUAGUGGAAAAGUAGAAAAGGAAACUAAAACUAAAAAUAGCUGAUAGCACCAUGGAUUGAAACAGAAUAUUAUAAAGGCUCUGAUAUUAUAGAGAAUCAUCAGACUUAGUCAUCUCUUGUGCAAUUCAGGAAAUAAAUGGUUCCGACUAUGAUUAAUAUAGAAAGAAAAAUGGUGGAGGACUAUUAUGUAGACUAGGAUACUUAAUAACCUGUGUAUAUGAACACUUUAAUUAAUAUUUUAUGGAUACAGUUUUUCAGUUGCAUUUUGAGAUAUACCAAAAGAUGAUAAGAAAUAAAUGAAAUUAAAUUAAUUCAAUGGAUCUCCAAAACUCCAUAAUGUAAAAAGGGGGAUUUUAUUUGAAUUGAAAUCUUUGGUUAUUCCAGGGGUUUUGUGUGAGUUUCUCUUAAAAAAAUUACCUCCUCUUUAUAUACUCUUGAGAAAAUUGGAGCAGUGCUCUGGUCUCUCACAAUGUCUUGCUAACUUUCCAUUUAGGAAUCCACAUUUGUGGCGAUGCCUGUACAAGUUAUUUUAUGGCAUAGCAUAGCCAGAUGAUCUCAUCUAUUGAGCUAGAUGUAAUAUUACUUUUCCAUUGACCUAUGAUUUAUUGACCAUUAUAUUUUGUGACAUUGACCUAUCUGAUAUUUCACUAAUACUAGUCUGAUUUUACCUGAUAUAUCUGACAACAUUUACCAAGGAACUAUUACUCCAUACCAGUG